CAGUAAUCGUAUGCCGUAGAAGUUUAAUAGUUCUCGCAGACGGGCGCGGGCAGGGAGCGAUUUAUUGGCUGGCUCAUCGCGAAGGGAAGGAGACGAGAUUGCCUGUACGCAGUCGGCCAUCUGAAUGCUCGUGUGUACAUUUCACUGUCCACACGAAUCGUUCAUGGAUUGCAAAGUUUGGCGGGAUCGCGGAAGUCAUUGGACUCUUACGAGUUUUCAACGACGGAGAAUCGGGCGGGAAAACUUCCGCACACAUAGAUUGGUGCAGUAUGACCAUGAACCCAAAACGCAGUACACAUGAUGAUGAAAAGGACUUCUUCAGUAUCGCAACGACUGUAACAGACCCAUUGAAGUAUCUCUCUCAGUCGAGGAUUUGAGUUUUGCCAUAUGGACACCACAACCAAGGCCACAAGUAUAUAAUUGCAAUCUAUCACUGAUGACCAAACAUAUGAAAACUCUCGCUGGCAUAAUAAAUCGCGGAAUUAGCAUAGCUUCCGAAUCGACCCUGCAUCGAGUAAACACGGUGGAGUAGAUGAGGUUUAGAUGAAAGAAAACCGACACCCAGUUCACUGCAGUAUUUUCAGAUACUUUUACGGAUGACGUGUGACCUGGGCGGUGCGGUACCAGCAGGAUCAUUAUUUUCUGCAGUAUUUGAACAACUGCCUAAGCAAAUAUCCUCGUAAUGUAUGCAUCAUAUUGCGGUGUGGCGGGCUUGGCUUUUUGAGCAGGAAUAUUUGGAUACAUAUUGCUUAGGAGAUAGUCAUCUCUGAGUGAGUGAACCCUGCUAAAUUCGGUCAUCGAAAACAGAUCGAACUCUGCCCCGGGGAGCCGAACAACAACAGAUCGACCUUUUGCUGUUGGGAACAGGUCUGGUUUCUGAAGACAUCAUAAAGGAAAUCUGAUUCAGAAACGUACAAUUUUGACAAGUGCACAAUCAACAAGUGCAGCAUGGAACAGUAAACCCCCCCAGAGAAUUACACAGAGAUCUUGGUGCGAUACAUCAGCGAUAAUCCUGGUAGAUAAUGUACGGCGAGUGACGCAAACAACCCGCCACAUGAGCAAAGUUUUCUCGUCAAUCGAACCACAGAGGGACUUAAUAGUCUAUCGUUAAGCUUCAUUAAUGUGGGGAUGGUACGAUUAGGUUGCCAUUUGCGCUGCUCACGCCGCAAGGAGACAGUCCUCAGGAUUUGCGGGGAUGCAAGUCGCGGAUACCAAACUCCGUGGAUUUCCCAGAUGGUGUAUCUGAUAACUGCUGAACGAGCCGAGGAUUGGUAUCCCCUUACAGACGCACCCACGCAACUAUAAGUGCUUGCAAGUCCGGUUAUUGGCAGGCAUGAUUGUUUAUUUCUACCUAAGGAGACCCAAUUCUGAACCGCUGAGGUAAAUUGGUAAAUGGUUAUUUGUGAUCAGAUCUCUCCGCGGACUUUCUGUUUUGCGGCAACACAUGCAACAACUUCAACACUCUUGGAGAAACCGUAAGUGCAAGUUAGUGAUCUAAAAUUGCACACAAAUUGAAAAGUGCCGAGUAUUUUACGAUACACCAAUUUCAACUCAUACAUCGAUGCCUUGCAGAGAAAAGACAGAAAGAGCAGCUGAAAUUUUUAUAUAUAUUCCCGGUGACGUAGAAGAACGAAGUUGCGUCUAUAUCAUCAGACAAAAUAACUUUCCAGGAGUACAUUGAUAAGGUGUUCACGUUUUGAAUGAACAUUUCUAGACGCCAUAUUCACUUGUAAAUUGCUCACAGCAUCGACACGAGCAGCUCUGCACACUCGUCAACGUGACUUACUGAGUGACACUCGAUACGAUGAUUUCAAGCCUGGAAUGCCAUUGAGCCUUGGAAAAAAAUUUGAUUGAGGAAUGAACUGACGAGUGAUAAGGAGCUAAGAUGCAGUCUCCGGGGUCUCCGUCCUUCUUCGCCUGGAGAUGCAUCCUCGUCUUCUUCGCCCUAUGCGGCAACACCUUAGUCAUCGUGGUCUUCGUCCGAGUCGGGCGGCUCAGGACCCUCACUAACUACUUCAUCAUCAGCUUAGCCGCAGCGGACCUCAUCACCGCCAUCACCGUCAUUCCUAGCUUCUUCCCAGUGGAGGGACUACCGGACGACGCCCGUGGAGUCAUCUACUGCCGCCUGGUCGCCUCGGACGUCUUCAUGUGGACGGCCCUGAAAGCCUCUGUCUUCAACCUGAUCGCGGUGACCCUGGAGCGCUACCUCGCUGUUGUCUACCCGCUGCGCCAUAAGCGUCUCUUCAGCCCCACCAAGGCCAAGAUCAGUGUGGCUCUGACCUGGGUGAUAGCCGUAGUCCUCAACUUCUUUGGCCCCUUGGUGCAGGAUGUACAAGAUGGCAAAUGCGUGGUGGUCUGGCACAGUGACGCCUUGCGCAUCUCGGUGGGAGUGUCCGUGUUUCUCGUGACGUACCUCAUCCCCGUCCUGGUCAUGCUGGUGACGUACAUACGCAUCUUAGCCAAAAUCCGGACGCAGACCCGAGCGGCCUCCCAGACGGCCCAUCGGGCUCACUCUCAGAACCGUCUGGUGGCCUACCACGCCGCGCGGCGGGGCGUGGUGGAGACCCUCUUCAUAGUGGUGCUAGCCUUCGCCGUGUGCUGGACUCCAGACCAGAUGAUGUUUCUGGCUCAGAACGCCGGUCACUUCGACUACGAAGGGAGCGCCAUCUACCCGUAUUUCCUCCUCCUUGCCCUGACCAACUCGUGCUUGAACCCCGUCAUCUACUCCAUCAAGAACCGGUCCUUUCGGAAGUCCAUCAAGCUGGCCUUCCGGAGGAAGCACCGGGUCGGGCAGGACCUGUCCCGGAACCGGCGGGACGUGGCCCUGCAGGUGGUGAACGGUGCGGAGAGCGAUAAGCUCACGUGUACGGACUACGCGGGAGUGGCUGCCGAGACCACGAACCAUCCAGGUCACACGGACGGACCAAGUAGAACCGGUCGGCCGGCCCGGACUGAACCAGGGCAGCCGGAUUCGCAAGCCCUAUGCGAACAAGCUUCUGACACCCCAGCCCCUAGAUCCUCGGACACCCCAACAUGAUGAGGAUCGCUUUAUUCUCCACCCAAAAGCGAAGUAAAUUUCAUGAUUUCAUUCUGGCAUAGGACUAUGUCAUUAUCCAGAAAGAACUUGUUUCGUAUGAACCAGCCUUUAAGCAUUGCCUCAUGAUCACUACCUUGCUCUAAUCUGUUUGGAUUUUAAGGGGAAAAAAACAGAAAGUGGCACUUUGCGUUGCUGUAAUAGAGUUUCACUUGAAAGUUUUAUCACCUAGUAUCAUGAAGGAGUACAUGUAUUUUUUUUUUAUUUGCUGAUUAUAGUUUGUGGUCGUACUCCAAAAUGAAUUUAAUUUAGACCUAAAGUCGAUUAACUUGAUGUCCCUAUGUAUAUAUUACACACUGAGCAUUGGAUUGAUUGCAUAAAUUUGUAACCGGGGCAUAUAUUAGGUCAAGGAUUACUUUUUAUCAGUCAUUGGAGACGUAUAAUACCAUGUAGAUUAUCUUUGUCAUAUUGGUCAUAAUUGGUACCGGUAUAUUGGUAAAUUGACCACGUCAUGCAUCGUUGGAGUUUAUAAACGCCAGAUAUUAGCUUACAUUGUGACGAGUUACAUGCACUGUACAGUGGAUAGGCCUGAAUGAAAUAUUGGUUCAAAACAUUGGUCUCCGUAUCGGUGGUUGGGAACCAGUUGUGUUGCAGUGAGCGCGUGCAGGAGUUUUUGGCUGGUAGUCUGCAUUUUCUGUUGUAUUCUGUGGUGUGUGCGUAAAAAACAACAACAACAGAAUGUCCGUAUAGCACCCAUGUAAAAUAGGUUCGGUUUGUCAUUGAAAAGGUCUAGAAACCACGCAUGCGCAAUGGGUCAGGUAAACAAAUUCAGCACGUGAACUAGAUGCCUGACAUGAUUUCAAAAUUCAAAGACAUAUUCCAACCCAUGAUGUGUGCGUGGUCGAAAUUCUAAACCACCAAGUGAAAAUCAAGGACCUUUUCAUAUUAAGGUUGGGACCCGAAUCAACAAGGACAGAACGCGCAUUUUAAUGAAAGUAGUUUUUUCCCAAAUAUUGUAUGGUAACUGGACUCUUGUUAGCCCAAGGGCGAAUGUUAUUGCCUACAUCAAGACUGUAGAGAACAGAACAUCUGCAGACGCAGACUAGACGCAUAAAGCACCUAGGCCUCUCAAUCUAAAUUAAAGUUGACAAUGUCCCGAAGGCUUAUACGUGACCGUAAACGGGACUUCUGCAUUACUUUCAUGAGCCAUUGGUUUGGUUUUUUGUUUGUGUGAAUCAGUGAAUUAUGUUUUUGUGGGCGUGCCAUAGGCGGUUAGUAAAAUUGACUAUAUCUGAAUUGGAUCUGCAUUUAUUUCUUUGAAUAUUUUUGGCGUUGUUUGAUCCUUUCGGCAAUGAAAACCUAUAGGAUCGGGGUUCGAACCCGCGACCUACGUGCUCAGAAGUUGUCAAGCAGCUUUUGUGUAGAAUUUAUUAAGACGACCGUAAAAGCGGCCUUAUCAGCCACGAUGUGACGCUGAUGAUAUGACGUUACGUAUAAUGUCGAGGCAACAGCUUCAGAUAUUUUAAUAAAUUAUUGUUCAAUGUAUUAUGGAAAAUUCUGUUAGUUUCGGCAAAGUGGAUUAUUGAAGUUUAUGCAAGUAUUUUGAUAAUUGUACAAAAAAACAUAUCCGCACAAAUCUACAAAUUAUCGCACAAACUUAACAUAGAUGUUCACAAUGUGUUUACUUUUGUUUCAAGGUAGUUUCUUGUGCUUAGGUCUUUGACUUCCACCAACCAGCUUUUUAGCGAGCGAAAAUUUCGAGGGAACAGCUUUGGUCGAUCCUUGUAUAUUCACUAAUAAUUUAAUUGCAUAAAAUCAACAUAAUUUAAUACAGAUCAAAGUAAUUUUCAUAAUCUGUUCCAUCAAAUUAAAAAUGGAACUAACUACAAACGGAAACUUAAGAUGGUUGUCAUUAUGUGAAGUACCCUUUCGUGUUGACAACAGCAGCUAACCAUACGUCUAGCUCUGACCAAUAUUUUCCAAAAACUAAAACUUUGACGUUGCCUACGUCAGACACUUUUCGAUGUGGCCUUUUAUAUAUAGUUUGUGCAAUAUAAUGUCAUGACUUAGCAAGUGAAAUCUAAAAAAAAAACACACACACACACACAAAACAAGAUAGCACUCCAGAGCGCACA